AAAUGGUUGUUGCAAAGCCUACAGCAGCAGUUUCCAUUGAAGAUCUUAUCAAGAAACAUUCCGAUGUUGAUCCGUUCCUUGUCAAGAAGUGGGAACGCAUUUUCUCACUAUUUUUUGAUAGAAAUGCUUCUCAUCAAGUCGAUUGGGGAGAUUUUUACUUGGUUGUCAAGAAAGUCCGUGACAUUUACGGAGCUGAAUCAGUUCAAACUGGCUUUGCCAAGAAAUCUCUUGCUGCUCUCUGGGAAGGACUGUGCUCCAUUGCUGAUGCUGAUAAGGAUCAAUUGAUCUCGAUUGAUGAAUGGAUCGGACUUUUGAAGAAGACCGAUGCGAAGACUGAACCAAAAUGGUUCAAGGACUAUCAGAACUUUAUGUUCAAACUUUUUGAUGUUUCCUGUGAUGGAGUCAUGGAUCUUGCCGAGUAUACCGAUGGAAUGAGUACAUAUGGAUUUGAUCAAUCCGAGUGUGAUGCAGCUUUCCAUAAGUUUUCAGUGGACAAGAAAGGUCAAUACGUUCCACAAAUGAAGCCAGAGACCUGGAACACAUACUUCCAUCAGUUGUUCUACUCAACAAAUAAAUCUGACGUUGGAAAUCAUCUCUUCGGAAUUAUUGACUUUUAAAUUUUCCUUGCUCUAUACCAUGUACAUUGUUCAUCCCCCACACCCUUAAAAUAUUCUGAAAACCCUUCACUUUCCACUACUUUUCUAAUGCUUUACAACAUAUAGUAUUAUUUUUGAACAUACAACCUUUAAUUUGUCUCUGACACCAGAUGUGCUUGAGCAUAAAAAUUCAGAUAAAAUCAUGACAAACAAGU